AUGAUCUGGGGCGCAAACGCGCUUCGUGCUCUAAAGCCAAUGGAGCUUCAGGAUCCCAUGGUCGCUUUCUCCAUUUUUGCUUCUGUUACGAUUACCCGUGCGGGAACAUUCACUUCGCUAGCCGCAGGUUUGGAUUUCGUGGCUCGAUUACUGAAGGGGUUUAUGAUUGGAUUUGCUAUUGCAACUGGUGUUUCAUUGCUUAUCCUUCCCAUCACCAGCAGAGGCGAUAUGUUCCAUGAUCUCAAGGGCUACGCAGCAUCAGUUGAGGCACUCCUUCAAGCCCAGAUAUCAUUUGUUGAAGAUAGCUCGGAAACACACCUGUUCAAAGGUUCAGGUCUCCUUCGACGAGCGCGGACCUACAAAAGCACACGGGAUGUGCAGGACGAUGAUGAAGAUGAUCUGCAAGCCAAAGAGAAGAAGCUGCAGGGGGCAAUGGCGAAACUCAAUGGCCUGCACAACAAACUGCACGCCGAUCUCUUCUAUUCCAAGAGUGAGAUUGCAUGGGGGAAGUUGUCCGCGGAAGACCUCAGUGCCAUCGCACGUCUCUUCGGAAAUCUUCUUCUUCCCUUGUCUGGAAUGUCGAUGUUGCCGGAGAUUCUGGAGUCAAUAGUCAAGAAUGAGACGCGUGACGAGGAAGCCGGCGAUCUCGACGCUCUAGAAGAAGGGGAAUUGAAACACUCUGAAAUCCAAAAGGUGGUAGAAACACUUCAUGAACGAAUCAUCCAUUCUUCGGAGCUUGUGCAGCAUGGUCUCCACUAUUUCUUGUUGGCACUGGAGCUUAUCAAGCCUAAACAUUUGGACAAGCAAAAAAAGCCUCAUGAUGAAGAAGCAAGGGGUCAAACUCUAUCACCGCUGCAGCCUGGUUUUCCCGCGCGAUUCGAGCAGGAGUUACACAGCUAUUAUUCUCGUCGGAAACACUUGCCCCAGGCUCUGGCUUCACUUGAAGCAUUUUCUGCUGCUGAAAAGUCUGUUGCCGACGCUUCCACAGAGUCGAAGCCGCGUUUUAUCGCGGCUGAUCCAGAUGUCCGGCAGGAAUUCUUCUUGAUCCUGUACAUGGGCCAUCUACAAGAUGACAUGUUGAACGCGACGCUGCAGUUGGUGCAAUUCGCCAAUAGCAAGCAUACCGAUGGGACUAUGAAGCGCAACCGACUUAUCUUCCCUAAACAAAAGUCCAUUCGAGCAUGGCUCUCCCUAGGCUCUGACAAGAAAGAAUCUGAAACUCCGUCGGCGAGCAGACAAUCAUCGAAUGUCGAUCCCUCGGGUAUCCAACGUAAUCAACCUACAAGGUUUCCAGAUCCCGAGCACCUCCCACCCGAAAAUAUCUGGGAGAAAGGAAGUAUGAUAUUACGUACCAUUUCCCACGUCAUCAAGUCCGAUCAAAGCGCGUUUGGGUUCCGCGUUGCUGCUGCUUCAUUUUCUGUCGGGAUCCUUGCCUUCUUGCAUCAGACUCAGGGCUUUUUCAUUCGGCAGAGAUGUAUCUGGGCUAUGAUUGUUAUCGUUAUUGGAAUGAAUCCGACAAGUGGACAGACCAUGUUUGGUUUUGUUGCUCGGAUUAUUGCGACGACGAUCUCACUUGUUCUCAGUUUGAUUGUUUGGUACAUCGUUGAUGGCAAGACUGCUGGUGUGAUAGUCUUCCUCUAUCUAGCCAAUGUAUUCGGGUACUACUUCUACAUCAAAGUACCCCAAUACUUCGGAGCAUGCGUCAUCUCCAUCGUCACCUUGAACGUGAUCGUCGGCUACGAGCUACAGUUCCGAAAACUUGGCUUGCCAGAAGCAACCUCAAACGGCCAACCAUACUACCCAAUUUACCUCUUCGGCCCCUACAAACUAGCUGCCGUAGCAGCAGGUUGCACAAUCUCCUUUUUCUGGGUAAUAUUCCCGUACCCGAUAACAGCGAAAUCCCAACUCCGCAAACUCCUCGGCCGAAGCCUCUUCGUCCUAGCAAAAUUCUACAGCUGCAUGCACUCCACCAUCGAACUAUGGCUCAACAACGAACUAGGGCCCAUCCAAGACAAAUCCUCCCCAGCACAUAACCUCCAAUCCUCCCGGCACAAACUGUUCAAAGAGGAAAUGAUGCUCCUCACCGGUCUCCGUGCUCAUAGCCACUUUAGUACUUACGAGCCGCCCAUCGGUGGCAAGUUCCCGAAGGAGACGUAUGAUAGUAUCAUUGCUGAGAUCCAGCGAAUCUUGACAAGUAUGUCGCUUAUGGCGCAUACGACGCAGAGUUUGGAGGAGUUAGCUGUUGAUUCCGAGACUUCUGGUCAGGAUGAUGACGAUCAGUGGAUGGGGCGGUUGGCUGAGAUAGCGUUGAAAUCGGAUGAUUUCAAUUCUCAUCGCAUCACCUCAUUACUGUGUCAUCUGUCUGCGGCAAUUUCGAAUGGCCAGCCGCUGCCGCCUUACUUGUCUACACCGGAUUCCUUUCCUCUUGCUAGGCAGAUGCAGAGAAUUGAUGGGGAGUUACUUAGUAUUCGGCAUAUUGAGGAUCCGGCUUUUUCGGCCUUUGUUACGCUUGAGGUUUUGAGGUCGGUUGUUAGCUUCAGUUUGAAGGAUUUGAUUGGGAAUGUGAAGAAGCUGGUUGGGGAGAUUAAAUUUGACUUUUAUGUGAGGCAGACGGAGAGGUAUGCUGAGUCUUCGAGGCUUAUUUCUCGUUCUGGCCGGGAAGACCAGCAGUAG